AUGAGAACACAAUUAGGCAGAAACAGCCGGAGGCUGAUCACGCUCCUGCUGGUAACGGUGCUGGCGGAGGUGGUAUACAUCGUGGUUUCCGUGGUGCUGGUGGAAGAUGGCCGCGAAGCAGGGAUCGCAGGGCUCGCGCGCGGCGUUAGCGGCGGCGUCGGCGCCGGCGCCAGCCGCCUGGAGCGGUGGUUGCUGGGCGGUUCCGCCGCGGUGUUCCGCGCAGACCCCAACCGCAUGUUGCCGGGGCUGACGUCUGGGAGCCGAGUUCGGCUCCCGGACCGCGACGUCGAGUACGUGGUGCGUGGGCUGCGACGCAGCAGCGACGGCGACGGCGACAGUGGCAAGGCCUCGGCCGCGCCAUCCGCGAGCGACCUCGUGAACUUCUACCGCGCCUGGAAGUUCGACACGGCGGUGCGCUACGUGCUGCCGUGCUCCGCCGCGCAGACGCUGUUUGGGCGGCUCCAGCGGCCGGUGGAGAACCUGGAGACGCUGUUCAUAGGAGCCGGCGAAGCGGCCGAGGGCCCGGCCGAGCCCGCGGUGAAGGCCGGAGGUGAGGCCGGAGAUAAUCAUGUCACCGGAGACGGCGCAGCCGCCGAGGGCCGCAACCUCCAGUUCCCGCUGCGCUCCUACAACUACGACCCGCGGCUCGCCACCGCCGUGUACUACGACGAGCUGCUGAACCAUCUGGAGCACCAGGAAGUCCAUGACGCAGAGUCGCUCUUCGCCAACCUCAGCGUGCCUUUCAACUGGUACGACUGGACUAACUCGCAGCUCCUUAACGGGUUCAUCGACCUGCCGCCCGCGGAAAAGCCCGCCUGCGACAUGAUCGUGCGCAAAUACUACCCCGCCGACAAGGUGCUCGCGUUCGAGCGCCGGUUCGGCUACAAGCUCUUCGAGGAGGACCGCGCGCGCGGCCUGGGCGCGGCCAAGUUCGACAGCGUGUCUGCGUUCUCGCACUCCACGCCGCGGCUACCGCGGCCCGAGGAGCUGUGCGACUCGGAUCAGGCCAAUGCGCUGCUGCCGGGGUUCCGCAUGCUCAAGCCGCUCAACUUCUCGCGGCCCGAGCUCUACGGGCUGCAGGCACGCGCCACGCUCAUGACUACCGCGGAGCCCCCCAACUCCAUCACGUUUCUUAACCGGAACGGCUCCACGCUGCAGGUCGAGGUCGACGCAGGCGCGCCGCUGGACUCUGCGGGCGUGCCACGCGGGCUGCUGUUCAACGGCCUGCUGCGCAACUACCUUCGCCGCAACGUGCCCUCGUACCCGGAGUUUCCGGCCCGCGACAUCGAGUUCGACAACAUCCAGAAGUUCAAGGCCCUGAAAGAGCUCGUGACCAAAUCUCUGACGCGGCCAUCCACCGCGUCUGCGGAACCAGCAGAGCCCACAGAACCCGUUCAGCCCACCGAGAUGCCUUAUCUCAUCGAGAUGAGCAACGACGAGUUUGAGUUCGACGCCAAGGCCAAGAUCCGCGAGCUUGAGGCUCUCGAGACCCGCACACGCCACCAGCAGUCAUAUUUGGAGUCCCUCAAGUUCUCCAUCAACACCCAUCCAAUGCAUCUUGCCAAGUACUUCAAUGAGGCCUCUUCUGUCUCCGACUACGUCCACUUGGGCCACCACUUCGACGCCCGUUUCUUCAGGGGUGGGGUCGAACACACCGACAUGCGCGCCCGUCUGGACGCUCUGGUCCGCGCCUGGCUCAACUUUGUGCAUUCCAACGGCCUCAACUCCUGGCUGUCCCACGGCACCAUGUAUGGGUGGCUCUACGACGGUCUGGCUUUCCCCUGGGACGGCGACCACGACAUGCAAAUGCCCAUCGUCCACCUGAACAAGCUGGCCGAGAAGUUCAAUCAGACGCUGAUCGUCGAGGACCCCGAAGUGGGCAAUGGCCGCUUCUUCCUGGACGUAACCAGCUCCAUCACCAGUAGAAUCCACGGCAACAACAACAACAACAUUGAUGCCCGGUUCAUCGACGUUGACUCUGGUCUUUACGUCGACAUUACAGGUCUGUCGGUGUCCUCCGACGGCGCCAACAAGCGCUUCGACCCUCUGAUCAAGAACUUCACUACGCAAAACAACAUCUCCAGCCUCACCCACUUCAAGGAUCCCAACCUUGUCGAGGGUAUUACCGGCCUAUCGUACGACGAAAUGGUCAAGGCUGAGACGAAGCAAUACGGAAACUUCACCAAGCAGCGCGAGCAUGUCCUGAAGUCGUACUUUAACACUGUUAACUCGAGGCAGAACGGAAAAGAUAAGGAAUCUCCUGAUUACCGCUACAAUAUCAACAAGCACAUCCAGGUCUACAACUGCCGCAACAACCACUACAACCAUCUGUCGGAGCUGUCGCCCUUGAGACUCACGUUCUUCCACGGUGCCAAGGCAUACGUACCCAACCGCGUGAUCCAGAUCUUGAAAAACGAGUACCAUGCCCCCAGCAACUACUCCUAUAUUGAGUUUCAGGGCCGCUCGUUUGUGCCUGAGUUUCGUCUGUGGAUUGGCAAGGGCGGACUGGAACGGAUGGCGCAGGGCGCCGGAGUCCCCACCCGCGUCGAUACCGACCAUCUCAAAAACUUAGACUUCCCUGAAACCGCGUCGCUCUUCCAGAACGCCGCGGUUCUUGCCGACUCCGAGAUCGAGGAGUUUUUCAGUCUUGCCACGAAUACCUUCCACAUGUCUAUAUUCCGCCAAAAGGAGCUUGAACUGACCUACGACGAGUCCCGCUCGCCCGACCAGAAGGUGGAGGCUCUACGCGGGUUCGUCAGUAACAGAGCCUUCACAGGCGGCUACAAAGACCCCUUCCAGCAGCGUCUGGAGACUGUCGUCUGGUAUAACCUUCUCGACCGGAGCACCAUCUCAUACAAGCAGCUAGAUCGCGAGCUGAAAAAAGCGCAUCUAGAGAACUCAGACAAGCUACUCGAGCUCAAUGAUCUCAUGAUCCGCCGCGAGUUCGAUUGGGCCAGAGAGGCUGGCUACCAAUAUCCACCCAGCGACUUGGACUUCAAUAAUCUGGGAAGCCGUUUCUUCGCGAUAGGCGAGAACAGCCACAACCAAAUUUUUGAUGCCGACCCGCCCGAGCUGGUCCAAGAGUGGACCACUAUUUAG